GAACCGAGCACGCCCGGACUCCUGCUCCCGGUCGGGAGCGGGCCUAGCGUCUCGGCCCCCCGCAGACGGCGCAGGCAUCGCAGUAGAUAACGGCUGCUGGACCUCCUCACGUUGACCAGACCUGCGUGGGGAACUGCGCAGGAUUACUGAGAAUUGCGGUGGGCACACGCGCUUCGGAAGAAUUAGAACUUAAAUCUGUGAUUUCGGGCACGAUGGCCCUGAGGCUUUUAGAAGACUGGUGCAGGGGGAUGGAUAUGAACCCUCGGAAAGCGCUAUUGAUUACCGGCAUCCCCCAGACCUGUGGUGUGGCCGAAAUCGAGGAGGCUCUACGGGCUGGUCUGGCUCCUUUGGGGGAGUACAGACUGCUUGGGAGGAUGUUCAGAAGGGAUGAGAACAGGAACGUAGCCUUAAUAGGCCUUACUGAGGAGACAAGUCAUGAUAUGGUUCCUAAGGAGAUACCGGGGAGAGGGGGUGUGUGGAGAGUGAUCUUUAAGCCGCCAGAACCGGAUAAUGAAUUUUUAAGGAAAUUAAAUGAGUUUUUAGAAGAAGAGGGCAUGACAGUGGGUGAGUUGACCAGAGUUCUUGGGUGUGGACAUAACCCUUUUGACCAGGGCAUGAUCCCUGAAAUGCAGGCAGCUAUGUUGACACAGGCAUUAGAUGAGGCUCUUCAGCCUGCCCUCCAAUACCUAAAUUAUAAAAAAUUGAGACUGUUCUCAGGCAGGGAUCCUCCAGAACCAGGGGAAGAAGAAUUUGGAUCAUGGCUGUUUCAUACUACUCAGAUGAUGAAGACAUGGCAGGUAUCUGAUACAGAAAAGAGAAGGCGAUUGAUAGAGAGCCUUCGUGGCCCAGCAUUUGAUAUUAUUCGUAUCCUCAAGAUAAAUAAUCCUUUAAUUAAAGCCCAUGAAUGCCUUCAGGCUCUUGAGACAGUAUUUGGGGUUACUGAUAAUCCUAGGGAGUUGCAGGUCAAAUAUCUAAACACUUACCAGAAGGAUAAAGAAAAGUUGUCUGCUUAUGUACUAAGGCUAGAGCCUUUAUUACAGAAACUGGUACAGAGAGGAGCAAUAGAGAAGGGCGAUGUGAAUCAGGCCCGACUAGAGCAAAUCAUCGCUGGGGCGAUUCACAGAACAGUUCGAAGACAGCUUGAUCUGCCAGAGCAUGGUCCAGCUCCAGGCUUACUGCAGUUACUGGCACUGAUAAAGGAUAAGGAGGCAGCUGAGGAGGAGGCAGCCUUUCUCCAGAGGGGGUUAGAAGGGCAUUUCACCUGAAUCCCAGGAGAGCAGAGGAAUGUCUGGCAAUAAGCAGAGCAUGGAGGUAGAUGAGUCCAGGUACUCCAGUGAUAGACACUAACCAAUCCCCACCUUGGCUGUCAAGUAACUCAUUCUGUUCUCAGUGUAAACCAUUUGUCAUUUCCAUGCCUAUUUAAUAUCCCUUAAAUGUGUCACCCCUGUGAUUUUUAUUGUCAUGUAAAUUUGUACAAAAGGUCUAUCUUGUGUACAGUGCUGAGAGGUGGCAUAUGCAAACCAGAUCUCACUGAGAAUUCUGCUUGUUUGGUAGCAGGUACAAGUGUAGCAUGUCGCAUGUGUGCCCUCAGUGGUUUUUAGCUGUGUAUAUUGCCCUGCAUGAUAAAAGAGGAGCAUUGGUUGAGCUCCUUUUAACAAAGAGCUAUGGUUAAGAUAUUAAGUUAUUUUCUGUGUAAAUCACAAAUCAUUGAUUCU